GUAGCAAGUUUUCUAUGGAAAUGGCAGAAGUUAAUGUGGUCGCUGUUCCUGAAGAAAAUAGACAGACUUAUCUGGAAACUGAUAAUGAUCGGUUGGUUAUGGCAAUAAUAUGGCUGAUUAUGCCGCCAAUGGCGGUAUUCUUCAAAUGUCGCGGAUGUACUAAACAUGUAUUUAUCAAUUUUCUUCUUUAUCUUCUUCUUGUCCUCCCAGCUUACAAGCAUGCUACGUGGUUCUGUUUUGUAAAAGGACGGGAAUUCGAGGCCGAGGAUGGGUUUGUCAGAGCGAGGUGACAAUGUCAUGGAUUUAUAUAAUGAAAUUCUGUGAUUUUCUUUAAAUAAAACAAUUUCUUGAUACG